AUGGACUACCCAGCCUUUAUGCGGCCCCCUCCUGUUGGCCGCUUGAUGGGCCGCUUCGACGAAUACUACCGCUGCUACCCCGUAGUCAUGAUGAGCGGGCCUGAUCGAAAGAAUGUCAACUAUGGUGGAAAGGUGUUCUUGCCACCCUCGGCACUGGACAAGCUGACAAGACUUCACAUUACAUAUCCUAUGGUAUUCGAGCUGAUAAAUGGAAACGCUGGCAAGAGCACACAUGCAGGCGUCCUUGAGUUUAUUGCAGAGGAAGGGAGGAUAUAUCUGCCGCAAUGGCUAAUGAAGACUCUCGAGUUGGACCCCGGCGACCUUCUACAGAUCAAGUCCACCGAUCUCCCUCCCGGCAAGUUUAUCAAACUGCAACCCCAGUCACCUGCAUUUCUUGACAUCUCUGAUCCACGAGCCGUCCUCGAAAACGCAUUCCGAAAUUUCUCCUGUCUGACAAAAGGCGAUAUCUUUACAUUUGAAUACAAUGAUCAGACGUACGAUAUUGCUGUAUUGGAGAUUAAGCCGGACACGGACUCUCACGCCAUCGUAACAAUGGAGACCGACUUGGAAGUCGAUUUCGCAACCCCCGUUGGAUACGUCCCUCCAGAGCGAACGAGCGGCACGAGCACACCUCGGAGUGGCGUGGGAAGGCCACAUGGUGGGCCGGUUCAUUUCCAGGGAACCAUGGCUCAGUCAAUCAACUACGGAAGCAUUGCCCCGUCAUCAAACACAGCUGCCGCCGGUGCCCGCGCUGUCUCCUCACACUUCCUUUCAGAGGGCCACAAGCUCAGUUCGAAGAGGGGAUCGAAAGCACCCACACCCAAUGCAUCUACACCCGUCGGCGGUGUGUCCACAAAUGCCGUAAAACCGCCACCGCUGAGAAGAACAAAUGGGCCUCAGCCUCUGCGCCUAGCACCUGGAAAGCUGUUCUUCGGGUACGAAGUCAAACCCUUGCGCAAGAAGGAUGAAAACGGAGAGCCAGUUGGAGGGGAUGAGGUGAAACCUCGCUUCCAGGGACAGGGGCAGACGCUACGACAAAAGAAACGAGCCGCUGGUGGAGGGUUGGAUAGUGGGACGGCAAGCGGCGUUAAUAGUGAUGCGGAGGGGAAAGCCAAACCCAAGGGCACUGGACGGAGAUAG